UACCGAUUAAAAGCGGGAGAGUUCGGCCUAGCUCUCUGCAAUCUGUAUGGCUGUAAAAUGGCUACGGCGUGCUUGACACCACUGUCCUCCGCUUCCAUCUUCUCAGCUUCUUCAACUCCAAAACCUCCAAAUUCUCAUCCGCCGCCAUCUUCCAUCAAAAUCCAUACUCAGAAUCUCAAGGCUCGACCUAAUUCCACAGCACUCGGCACUAACAACAAUGGCAAUCGGAGUCCGAGACGAGAGUUCCUCGGAGGUGGAUUGGCGGCGCUUCUCAUCGCUUUGCAGCGACGAGCGGAAGCUCGCGAGGUGGAGGUCGGUUCCUAUCUCCCGCCCUCGCCGUCCGACCCUUCUUUCGUCCUCUUCAAGGCCUCCCCCAGUGACACUCCGGCUCUUCGAGCAGGAAAUGUGCAGCCAUACCAGUUCAUUCUUCCUCCUACAUGGAAACAGACACGUGUAGCCAACAUUCUCUCUGGUAAUUACUGUCAACCCAAGUGUGCAGAGCCUUGGGUGGAGGUGAAAUUUGAAGGUGAAAAUCAAGGAAAAGUUCAGGUAGUGGCUUCUCCUUUGAUACGCCUGACUAACAAACCAAAUGCAACAAUUGAAGACAUUGGAAGUCCUGAGAAGGUCAUUGCUUCCCUUGGCCCCUUUGUCACUGGCAACACAUAUGACCCAGAUGAGCUGUUUGAUACAACAAUUGAGAAGCAGGGUGAUCAAACAUAUUACAAAUAUGUUCUUGAGACUCCAUAUGCUCUGACGGGAUCACACAAUCUUGCCAAGGCAACUGCAAAAGGAAACACAGUCAUCUUGUUUGUGGCCAGUGCAAAUGAUAAACAGUGGCAGUCAUCCCAGAAAACACUCAAAGCCAUCCUUGAUUCCUUCCAAGUGUAAUUUUCUUUUCCCUGAAAACUAAAAUGUUUAGGGUUACACUUACACUCAGUUCCUUUAUUUAUAUUUGGCACAUAUGACACAGCAAGAUUGUUUUCUGCGAUAAAAUUCAUACCCAUUUGUAUCAACUGUGAAAUUUUAGUUUGAAAAGGUCAAGAAGUUUACAGUUAAUAUUGCUCCGCUGACAUA